GGUUUCAGAGAUAACAUGAGUCUUUGGGUGGAUAGAUAUCGUCCAAAGAAAUUGAGCGAGCUCACAUAUCAUCUGGAACAGGCUAGUGAUCUAGCCGAACUGGUAAAAACAGAAGACUUUCCUCAUCUUCUUGUCUAUGGCCCUACCGGCGCAGGAAAACGAACAAGAAUCCACUGUAUUCUUCGAGAGCUAUAUGGUGCUGGAGCAGAACGCUUACGUCUUGACAAAAAGUCUCUCACCACACCUUCUAACCGUAAAAUUGAGAUAGAUACAGUAAGCAGCAAUUAUCACAUCGAGAUCAAUCCGGGUGAAGUGGGCAUAUAUGAUCGAGUUGUGGUACAAGAAGUCAUCAAGCAAAUGGCGCAAACCACACAAAUUGCGAGUGCUACGCAAAAGAGCUUCAAAGUGGUUGUGUUAAUGGAAGCUGAUCAGCUCACACGCGAUGCUCAGCACGCACUUCGACGGACUAUGGAGAAGUAUACGAUGAGUUGUCGGCUGAUCCUCUGCAGCGAUUCGCUCAGUCGAAUAAUUGAACCUCUGAGGUCGAGAUGCAUGGUCGUACGAGUUGCUGCUCCUACGGACGAGGAGAUCCGAGAUGUUUGUCAGUCUGUUGCUGAGAAAGUAAGACUAACCGUACCUGAUCCCGUCAUGGAACAGAUAGUCACAAAGUCUCGAGGAAACCUUCGGCGUGCUUCGUUGUCGAUGGAAGCAGUGAAAAGAAAAGGCGUGCCGAUAAAAGAUAAUGAGAAGGUGCCUGAACCGGAAUGGGAGACCUAUCUUCAGGAGACUGCUGAACUCAUGUUGAAAAAGCAGAACAAUGAAACUGUACUUGCGGUGAGGGAGCGUCUGUAUGAGCUCAUUUCUCGUUGCAUUCAACCGAAAGUCAUCUUCGCUUAUCUACUGCGCUAUCUAAUCAAGCGCGCUCCGAAGUCUGCUAUAUUGGAAACGGUUGAAAUGGCAGCUUUGUACGAGCACAGGCUGACAAGAGGACAAAAAGCGAUCAUACAUCUGGAGGCAUUUGUUGUUGCAUUUAUGGACAUAUACCUCGGUGCUAUGAAUUCUAAUGCAAUGGAGACAUAACUACCUAUUAGCUUUAUCUUUUUCGCAAAUUUCACACCCUUUAAACCAUCGUAAUACGUGUUGUUUGACUUAUUAUCAGAUUUCCCAUAUGUACGAGUACAGUUUUUGCUUUCUUUACAGGCAUCUUGUUUGCAUUUUGUUUUCUUUUUCAUCAGUUAUCCGAUCUCUAGUAAAUUCCUCGCAGUCUUACCCUCACGACCUGCUAUUCUUUCCAUCUCUUAC